UCAGUGCGGUGGGCGUGGUCUCAGCCUAUAACGUGGUUCCGGGUCACCCAGCAUGGCUGAGCUGAAGAUAAACCGCAAGUUCGCCGAGCGCUAUGAUCGGUACCGGGAGAAGGAGGAGCUGCAGCGGCUGAAAGAUCGCUAUGGGGACACACAAGAUAGUGAUACAUCGGGCUCAGAGUCAGAGGAGGAAGAAGAGUUGAUGAUUGAUCCUAAGUUGGACAAAGAAUUUUAUCGUACCUUGUCUCUGCUCAAAAAGAAAGAUCCGAAAAUAUACCAAGAGGAUGCCACCUUUUAUACAAGUGAAGAGCUGGCUGAUGUUAAACAGACAAAGUCCGUUAAAGAGAAGCCUAUGUACCUGAAGGACUACGAGCGAAAAGUUAUUCUCGAAAAAGAAGGAAAAUACGAGGAUGAAGAAGAUUCGGAAGAAGAUCAAGAUGAUAUUGAAGAUCAGAGAGCCCGAUCCCCAACUUACCUUGAGGAACAAAAGCAAAUCCGAGAUAGCUUCCGUCAGUUUGUUACAGAUAGUGAUAGUGAUAGCGAGGAAAAUGAGGGCACUACAGCAAACCUGCUAACAAAGCGUGUCAAAAGCAAGAAAGAGCAAGAAAAUGAAGAGGAUGAAUAUGUGGCUUGGCUGAAAGGCCAGAAAGACAUCACGGAUGAAGAUGAAGUGAAGGAAUUGGGUUAUCUGAAAGACUACUGGGCGAAUCCUACUCUGGACGAAGGGGAGAAAUUUCUGCGUGAUUAUAUCCUUAAUAAGGAGUAUGUAGAAGAGGAUUCGGAGGAGGAGGAGUGCCCCCCUGCUCUGGAAGAGGCUCCACAUGUAUCUGACUCUGAAGAUGAAGGGGAACUUUUUUUAAAGAAACAGGAAGACUUUGAGAGAAAAUACAAUUUUCGAUUUGAGGAGCCAGAUUCAGACUUGGUCAAGACAUUCCCCAGAGCCAUCGCGCAGUCCGUGAGACAGAAGGAUGAUCGGAGAAAGAGGAAGAGAGAUGAGAUAAAGGAGAGAAAGCAGAAGGAUAAAGAGAAGAAACGGGAAGAACUGAAACAGCUGAAGAACUUGAAGAGGAAGGAGAUACUGGAGAGACUAGAGAAGCUCCGUGAGCUGACUGGAGAAGGUGCGCUGGGAUUGAAAGAGGAGGACCUGCUGGAGGACUUCGACCCGGAGAAACAUGACCAAAUCAUGGAGAAAUUUUUUGGUGAUGAGUACUAUGGCGUAGAAGAGGGAGAAAAGCCGCAGUUUGAAGACGAAGAAGGAUUGGAGGAUGACUGGAACUGGGACACCUGGACAGGUCCAGAAGAAGAAACAAAUAAUGCUCAGUGGGAAGAAGGAGAGGAGCUAGAGCCCAACUGGGAUGACCCUGAGUUUGUGAUGGAUGCAGACUAUGAUCCGAAUGCUGCUCCCGGACCAUCUCGCAGGGAGAGGAAGAGAAUGCAGAUGGAGGCUGCAAAAAGUGGUAAAAAGAAGAGAAAGUCCAAAUUUGCAGAAGCCGUGAGCAAAAAGAAACCAGUGUUCGACCCAGAGGAUAACACUUUCCAGCAAUACCUGAAUGAAUAUUACCAGCUUGAUUAUGAGGAUAUCAUUGAUGAUCUACCGUGUCGCUUUAAAUAUCGUCAGGUCAUGCCUUGUGACUUCGGACUCUCAACUGAGGAGAUUUUAACAGCAGAUGACAAGGAGCUAAACAAAUGGUGCUCAUUACGAAAGACCUGUAUGUACAGAUCUGAGAAGGAAGAGAGUCACGAUAUGAAAGUUUUCAGUCAGAAAUCGCAGAACGUCUGGAAGAAGCAGCAGAUCCUAAAGUCCCUCACACAGAGUGAUGACAAUGAUGAGGCUGCAACAGCAUCAAAAAAUAAAGUAGGGAAGAAGCGGAGAGACAAACUGAAGAACCUGGAAGAAAAGACAUGUGACGAUGUUUUGAUGUCAAGUGAAAAUAAUUCAGAUGACAAUGAGCUAUCAACAGACGGUAUUCCUACCACACCACCACCUGUGGAGCUGGUGUUUGGAGACCAAGGACAGAACAAAGGAAAGAGCAUGAGCCAGGAUUUAUUUAUUAAAUCGGGAUCCAAGACCGCAACAAAGACAGAGUCUGUGUUAAAACAGGGACACACGGCAGCCCAGGUUGGGGAGAUGGCAACUGCCAAGCAAGGGGCAAAGAGAGUGCUCCAACAAGAGGACAAACAAAAUGUUUUAGGGGAAGCUGGCAUCGCACUCUUACCGAAGGAGAAAAAGAGGCGAAAAUUGGUCCGGAAAGGUGGCCGGUUAUUGGGCAGCAAAGUGAGGCUGGGUGGACGGGAGUUCAGUGGGCAGAGGCUGCGGGCAUAUGGGUUAAAUCCAAAGAGGCUAAAAUACAGGCAGCUGGGCCGGGAGAGGAGAAAGAUGAGGGAGAAGCAGGGGAAAACCAAGGGCCCAACAAAAGGACUAGAAACCUCAUGAAAUCUUUGUCAACAAUGAAGCAAAUUUUUCUUUCCAUCACUCAGGAUUGCUGCAGGCACCGUGUAAUAUAUCUACGUAUACUGUGAUAGAAAUAAAGGAUUUUAACAAAUAGCCUCUUUAAAAAAGUUUAUUGCCCUACAUAAAUAAAACAAUUUCAGAAUAUACAGAUUUAAUGCUUUGCUCCCCGUUUAAAAUGGACAUAGACAGACAUGUAUUCCAGUGUAGACUGAGACGCUCUAUAUUAAUAAGAGCACGUGUCUCUAUUGCCACUGUACAUAAAGAUUCAAACACCUCCUAAUGCUAUUAUAGCUGCCCAUUCUCCAGCAUUCGUUCCUGUUGUAGAAAAUAGACCCAGAUAUGACUGACCUAUAGGCCGUCCAAAUGACAAAGAACUGUAGGUGGCACUCGGGUCGGGGAGCCUAAGGUAUGAAAUUAUUCUGCAGGGACAGGUUCUAUAAAUAAAGUUAGCACUACACCUGUCUUCAACCUGAUUUACUUAAAA